AUGACGCAGCCAUCAGUAACCUACUCACCGAAAAAAGUCGCCUGCACCAAAUUCUACUUCAAUCUUCCCACCGACGACAAUAAAACAGCCUUCUACGGCAUUUGUCACCUUGUGCAACAGCGGGUGUGCGGGAUGCAGAAUGCCAGGACGGCUCGCAAAUCCGAGGAGACCCAAGGAUACGCGGACCACAACGAAUGGAAGAACCUCUUCGCUGCGAUCAAAGCCGUCUACGGUCCCAAAGUCAAAGGAACCGCUCCUCUUGUCAACGCCGACGACGGUAUUCUACUCACUGAGAAGACGCAAACUAUGAAGUACUGGGCCGAGCACUUCAGAAGCGUCCGCAAACGCCCCUCCACCAUCUCUGACGCCGUCAUCGACCGAGUGCCUCAAGUGGAGACCAUCGCCGACACUGACCUCCCGCCCUGCCGACAUGAAACCAUCAGGGUCGAGACACGAAUCUAUAGCGGGAAAGCGUCCGGAUCGAACGCGAUCCAUGCCGAGAUCUACAAGCACGGUGACCCACAACUUAUGAAUCACCCCACAACGUUUUUCCAGAUGUGUCGUCAAGGAGAAGUGCCAAGGGUUUCAAGGACAGUAUAG